AUGUUUGCACCUACUCAACAAUACAGCAUUGCUCUUAGUAGAAGACCAUUGCAUGCCGCCUUCCUAUCGUCUGCCUCGCGCGCUGGAUUUCGACAACAUGGCAGCUUCCCUCCCAUGAGUACAUUGGAAAGAUCCAUCCAUCUGUCUACGAGGUGGCCUUUGUUGAAUAAUCAGCUCUUAGACGCAGACACGACACCUACACACCUGGCACUCGAACGUAAGACACCAUCAUCGACAAUAAUAUCCUCAUCACCACCAUCAAUGGGCCCACCAACAUCCUUAUCCAUCCUUCCACUGAACGUCAUCGUCCGCUCCCUACUGACAUCAACAAUAUCCUCCUCGCCUAUCCUUCUUCCGCCCUCGCUAUGGCUAAUGUCCGUCCUUGCACACGCUACCAAUCCACUGCUCAACCCAGACAAGAACCCGCUCCUGCGUUUCUUCCUAAAGAAAACAGUUUACGCACACUUCUGCGCCGGAGAAACUCCAGCCGAAGUUGGUCGAACCAUCAAGGGUCUCAAAGACAUUGGGUUCUCGGGUGUCAUACUGGGAUACGCAAAGGAGGUUGCCUUGGCCAACGCUCAGAAAAAGGAAUUGGGUGCUUGUAGCCAAGGCAAGAUUGCGGAAGAGUGCAAUCGCAAUGAGAUUAUUCCUUGGGCCACAGGUACCUUGAAGACAGUACAGCUGACAGAACCAGGAGACUUUGUUGCUCUCAAAUUUACUGGUGCCGGUCGUCAAGCACUAGAUUCUCUCGCAGAACGUUUGCCACGUUCUGCCGCUCUGACCGACGCCAUCAACUCCGUCUGCUCUCUCGCUUCCGAGCGUGGUGUUCGCCUCUUGUUCGACGCUGAGCAGGCCUCUCUGCAGCCUGUUAUCGACGAUUGGACCAUGGAGUACAUGCGAAAGUACAAUACCGCCCCAAGGCAAGCACUUGUCUACGGGACGUAUCAGGCGUACCUAAAGUCAACCCCAGAGACGCUCUCAAGACAUCUUCGAGUCGCAAGAGAAGAAGGCUUCACCUUGGGCGUAAAGCUUGUGCGCGGUGCAUACAUUGAAACCGACCCGAGACACCUCAUCCACGAAACGAAAGAAGGCACGGAUGCCUGCUACGAUGGCAUUGCCGAGAGUCUCCUCAGGAAACAAUGGGGAAAUGUUUUGCAGGGUGAUCUCCGAAUGCCAUCAAUCAGCUUGAUCAUUGCUUCCCACAAUGCGGAGUCCGUCAGGCGGGCUCGAAAACUUUGUAUCGAUGGGGAAGCUUGUACUGAGGUAGUCUUUGCACAAUUGCAAGGCAUGGCGGACGAAGUUAGCUGCGAGCUAGUCUGUCCGACAGGUUCGGGCAAUAUGCGGGAGCAGAAGAGAGCAGAGUCCCAGGCCAUCGAAGCGUACAAGUAUCUCGUUUGGGGGUCGACUGGAGAAUGCAUGAAGUAUCUCUUAAGAAGAGCGCAUGAAAAUCGGGAUGCGGUACAGCGAACACGAAGUGGACGCAAUGCGAUGUUCAGUGAAUUGGUGAGGAGAAUGAAGAGUAGUAUGGGGGUAUCCGUCUAA